ACAUAUACAUUUAUCGUUUGCAACCCUAAAACCUGAGUAGAAUAGUAUAUCACCAAAGCGAAUGUGGGUCAGUUAAUUUCAUGAUCUUGUCGGAAAACCAUGCCUGGAAUAGUGCUUGUUCGCGUGGGGGAUAUUUUGCCAUCUAUGUCGACUGCCAAUGUGCGGGCGAAGGUCGUGUGGAAAGAUGAGGUCCAAAAUACAAGCCCUGGAUCUUUAUCUGAGCCAUUUUAUAAAAUAUUGCUGUGGGAUGAGACGGGUCCGAUUUACUUAUUCGUCUACUUGCAUCCAAAGCCUCCGAUGAGAGCGAAUCCAGAAUUUACACAGCAAAUGAGGAGAAUUGUGGAUGCAUUGGUGGUUGGUAAAUUGUACACUUUUGAGGCCCGAGUUAGGAAUUUCCAACCAGAAUAUACCACACAGAAUCACAGCAACGGGGCCGAGUUACUUUUCCACAACAUGGUGGAAGAUAACGAGGUUGGACAUGGCCUUGAAGAUGUCCGGGGUUUCGUGCCAUUUCAAUUCAGUAAUGCGCAAGUAGUUAACGACACGGAUGUGGCAAUGGCUGUCGAUGUUCUCGGGACCGUUGUUCGUGUCCACAAUGCAGACGAGGGUCCGGAUGAGCUACGACGCUUCAUCGAACUGCAGAUUAUGGGGGGUCAGUUUGACUGCAACGUUUGGCGACGUCAUGAAGAAAGAUUUCUAGUGAACGCUGUGCCAUUCAGGGUAGCCAUCCAAGGGGCAAAGGUUACCAGGUUUGAUGACCAAGUCCAGCUGAACAUUGGCAACACGGCAACAGUGUACAUGCUGAACACGGAGGAAGAAGAAAGGAUCCUAAUCGACCCUGCUAUACUUGAUGGCGAGUUUUAUAGGGAGACAUUUGAAUGAGGGGGAAAUUAUGGAAUUAUGAAUAUUUUGCCUUGAAUGAAAUAAAGAUCAUUGUUUAAGCAAAACGCAAA